ACCAAUGCUGUGAGCUGGUCAGGGGCGGAACCUCAGUUUUGGGGGCAUUUUCAAAAUAUCUGUUCGAAAAUUUUGAACGAUAAGGAUUAACGGUAUUCUUGUAAAUGCUUUCGUCUUUCUAGAAUCAUGAAUAAUAUUGUCAAGUGUAAAAAGAUCUAACAGGGAUUCCGUUUUAAACAGUUAGACGAGAAAUUGAAGCUUAUCUUUUGCUAAAAGUUUUCAUGAAAAAUUAAUAUGACGUUUAAACUCAAAGUAUUAAAUUUGAAAAGGAAAUAUAUAUUAAUUUUUGUCGUUGCUGAAGAUUUGAGAAUUUCGGUAUUAGAUCUUGGAUGUACGACAUGUGAGCACACCAAAUACACCAAAUACGUAAAAUUAAGAUGAACUCGCACCGAUACGCUGGGAGGGCAGUGACUAAAAACCUGUGCUCUCAGCUCAGAACGCUCCGUCAUUUUUUUGUAGAAUGCGAUGGGAAGCAACUGGAGCCUGCGCACUGCUCAGGCUCCAUGGCAGACGUGGCUAAAAAAAUUCAGGAGCACUUAGGAGUGGAAUCUGGCUAUCACACAAUCCCAAAGAGCCGGGAAGGCCUGCUUAAAUAUCAGCCCAAGCAAGAAGACCUGCCUGAGCGUUCCAUAAAGGAUUCACACACGACUGCCUUUGUUGAUUUGAAAUCAGAUCCACUGAUGCGCCAACUUUUCGUCAAGGAGACUAGUCAAGUGCGCGUUGGCAGGAUAAUGGAGCAACUCGAUCUCAUAGCCGUGUGGAUCUGUCACCGUCAUGUGUAUCUCCCAAAACUGCCAAGGGGCGUUCCACUGCCUUACACGUUUGUCACCCUCUUUAUAGAGCACGUCAAAUUUAUGGUGCAAAAAUUCAAACCGGAUGUCGACUUGCGACUAUCUGGUUACGUUUCGUGGACAGGCCUUAACUCCAUGGAGGUAGCGACCUAUGUGCGCCAGAACGAUGAGACACUGGCGAUGGCAAUCUUUGUUGUCGAGGGUCGCAAUGCCACUAACAGUGGACCUGCCCCGAUUAACCCCUUAAAACCGGCCAACGAAAUAGAAGAGUGGUUCCAUUCAGAGGCUCUGGAGCGGCACAGGCGGCGAGAGAAACAAAAGCAAGGCUCCGGCGUCCUUCUGCAGCCGACAAAGGAGGAGGAGAAGAUUAUGUACGAUGUCUUUUCGCGCACCAAGGGCUCCGAAGACGCCAUAAAGGGCGGCUGUUUGCCUCCAGACUGCCGUUGGAUAUCAAAGUGGCAUCGCAGUACCAUCCUGCACCCGUUCCCAGAGAAUCGUAACGCGUCCAAUACCAUCUUCGGGGGUUUCAUCAUCCGUAGUGCCAUCGAGACAAGUUACAUUGCCGCAUGCCUCUACGCCGGCUCAUAUGCGCUGAUCCGUUUUAUAUCGGACGUUACGUUUGCCCAACAAAUUCCCGUGCAGAGUUUUAUGAAGACAACUGCCUACGUUGUCUACACCCACGGUAAGUACAUCCAGCUGAUGACUGCGGUUAACUCGUUGGACGCCGCGAACUUUACUGAGGUUCACACCAACGCCCUCCAUCUAACGUAUGAAGCCGAUCGCUCCAUGCCGGAGAUUAUGCCCAGCAGCUUCCAUGAGGCGCUUUGGUAUUUGGAGGGUCGCCGCCAUUUCGAGAACUUCCUCAAAUCAUUCCACGGUGAAAGUCAAAAAGAAGGUCCAAAUGUUUAG